GUUCUAUCUAACGUUUUAUUUCCAUUCCGCCUUUCGCUUCGCCCCAACGGUUCAACCUUCUCAUCCCGAGAAAAUGUGGUGACGCAACAGGUAGCAGCAAACAACUAAGGGGAAUCAUGCCUGCUGUACGUAGUGACUACGUACCAACAGCUGUCUCGAUCAACCACCCAUCGCAUCCCCCGCCUAAACAGUUGCAAGAUUUGGUGGAGACGGCGCAGUUCGGUUCGAGCUUUCACACGAGGUUGACACUUGAGGCUCGUCAUUCGCCACAAGUUUUGUUUUGCAGUAUCAGUCCGACAAUAGAUACCUAGUGCAAGUUUCCACUAAUCCAGUGAUCCGUGAUCCGGUCUUUCGGUGAGCAGGUGUCGAAUUGGACAUAAGCCACGCUGUACUUAUCAUUCGCAACAAGCUAAGCAUGGCUAAGGAGGUCGUUAUAACCGACCGUGAGCUAUAUCCGAGCCAUCAGAUUCCAGACGACUCCGACUUGGACUACCGGGAGCAGUUCCCAGAUCUUCGGCCCCUAUUGCAGCGGCAGUUGCGUGGCAUCUGGACCCGAGAGAACGCCCUCCGCCGUUUUCCAUUUCUCGUAUGGGGUCCGCAGUACAAUCUGAAGAAGUUUCUCUCCGAUGCCAUCGCAGGUAUAACGGUCGGGUUGACUUCGAUUCCGCAGAGCAUAGCUUACGCCGUGGUGGCAAACCUGGAACCCCAGUACGGUUUGUACUCGAACUUCAUGGGAUCGUUCGUGUACGCGUUUUUCGGCAGUGUAAAGGAAAUCACAAUUGCUCCCACGGCCAUUAUGGCACUCAUGGUACAGCACAUUGUCCUAGAGCUGGGACCGGCCGGGGCGAUUCUCGCCUCGUUCCUUUCCGGGUGCAUAACACUGCUCUUAGGUUUGCUGAACUUUGGCUUCGUGGUUCAAUUCAUAUCGAUGCCGGUCAUUACCGGCUUCAUUACGGCGGCGGCGCUCACAAUCAUCAGCAGUCAGAUGAAGUCUCUGAUGGGAAUCUCUAGUCCCGGGAAGUCUAGCGGAUUCAUAGACUCAUGGACGAACGUGGUGGAAAACGCUGGGCAGACGAGGCUAUGGGAUGCGUUGUUGGGAUUUAUUUCGUUGACAAUUCUGGUAUUCCUUACGCUCAUCAAAGGCCGUGGUUCUGGUAGAUGGCGAACUGCCUCAAAGUAUAUCUGCCUACUUCGUAAUGCCUUGAUAGUCAUCAGCGGAGGAACACUUGCAUACGCUUUCGCUUCCAACUACAAAUAUCCAUUCCGGUUAACGGGUGAGGUUGCUUCAGGAUUUCCUCCGCUUGAACCACCUCCAUUCUCUACCACAUUCAACGGUGCAUUCUACGACUUUCCUCAAAUGCUUCGAAUCCUCGGAUCAUCUGUGAUCACCAUCCCGUUGAUUUCCAUCCUGGAAGUGGUUUCCAUUGGAAAGGCUUUUUCCAAAGGCAACCCGGUAGAUGCCACGCAGGAAAUGAUCGCAUUGGGAUUGUGUAAUGUCGCCGGAUCGUUCACGGCGUCCAUUCCAACUACGGCCUCAUUCGCACGAACGGCGAUCAACAGCAGUUCAGGUGUUAAGACUCCAUUCGGAGGAAUGUUUACGGGAGUUCUAGUCCUUGCAGCCUUAGGAUUGCUAACGGAAUACUUCUAUUUCAUACCGAAAGCAACACUGGCAGCGGUGAUCAUCGCAGCAAUGAUAUUCAUGAUCGAGUAUCGCGCAGUUGCCGAGAUGUGGAGGAUCAAGCGAAUUGACAUAAUACCGUUUCUGGUAACGGUGAUCGCUUGCCUAUUCAUGGGACUGGAGUACGGUAUUCUGAUUGGAAUUAGCGUCAACUUGUGCUUCCUGCUGUACCUGAUAUCGAGACCGAGGAUCGAGCAUCGAGCUGUUAUGAUCAACCACACAAACACGCUGGUGCUACGGCCAACGAAUGACCUAGCAUUCUCGUCAGCGGAAUAUUUCCGCGAAAAGAUUCUAAACAUGGCUACUAAACAGGUAGCCGAUUUGGUGGUGAUCGAUGGAGAGAUGAUCAAGUACAUUGAUUCAACGGUGGUGAAGAAUCUAUCCAGUACGGUGAACGAAUUGAGGUUACAGGGUCGCCAGGUUCUGCUGUGGAGGUGGAAUCGAGAGGUUCAGUGUUCGCUGUAUCGGUACAAAAAGGACCAAUUCUUACCCUUGUUCAGAUCCGAAGAGAAUGUAGAACACGUGAUCAUGCGAUGGAGAGAGUCCAAUGUUAAUGAAGGAUGUGUAUGAGUUAAAAAAAAACUGUGAUAUUAUUGAAGUUAUAGAAUCGGUAGCGCUAUUAACUUUAGGAAAUACAUUGCACAAAUCUCGACGAUAUGAAAUAAAAUACUCUAAUAUUA